UGUAUAACAGGCCAACCAUACAGUUUCAUUCAGCAAGACCAGCAGCCACCCACCAUUUUUUUCAGCAAGACCCCCUGCAUUCCAUCACGGGCGCUCGUGGGGGCCCCACCCCAGGUCCAUGGCGGCAGCUCCCUCCUGGGCCAUUGCGACAGCUCAUCCCUUUACCAGUUACCUUUGAUCCAUGCGGCACUAUCUACCCAGGCGGCGGCUUGCACUGACCCAUCCGGAGUGGUUUCUUCCACGAACCAUUCCAGUGACGACGAGUUUCUGUCGCAGGCGGGAUUCGAACUCACGACCAUCGGCACCCCAGACAUGCGCCUUAACCGCUUGGCCAUACGGGAGGCCUCCUUUGCUAAGGUUUCUAGGGGAGUAUUGACUCGGUCAGACAGAAGAUUGCCUACCGGUGCCUCUUGUCAAUAUAAAUGCACAAAGGGACAUUUGUUUAAAAUAGUCAUCAGGAGCAGCACUACCCUGCGCAGAUUCUGUGGCGCGACAGGUAAGGUGCCUGCACCAUGGCCGCAGAGUCCAGAGUUCAAAUCCCGGGGACAUUUGGUUUUAAUAGUCAGCCGGAGCCAGGCAGCCCCGCACAGACUCUGUGGCGCGAUAGGUAAGGUGCCUGCACCAUGGCCGCAGAGUCCAGAGUUCAAUUCCCGGGUGGGGCCUUAG